AUGUCAUCUGAAAUUCCAGAUAUUCCUGAACUGAAGCGCGCCGUGGAAAGCGGCCAGCGCAUUGACCCAGAGGAUGUCUCUGCUUUGGCGCAGAACGAGAGCGAAUUGACCGGUGGUGGGCCGAUCAGCGGUGGAGCCGCAGCGACGGCACAAAGCAUUGCCAUGAAGCAGAUGAACUUCGAUGAGAAGUUGGAGGCGUUGUCGCGGAAGCCACAGAGCCACAUUACACAGGAGGAUGCUCGAGAACUUCACACGGCGGAGGGUCGCGCCUUUAACAAGCCACCUGGCCCUGGGUCCGUCUCCGCGCAAGUCCGAUCGAUAGCAGACCGUAACGAGGCCCUUGGGGUCCCUGCUAUACCGGGAGAGGCUUCUGUGUACAUUACAAAGGAUGAUGCGAGAGAGGCUCAGCAUGCUGAAUCGACAAUAUAUGGCGGACAAGAUCCACGCGGUGGGAUUGCGGCACAGAUGCAGGUAAGUGUAAAAAAAUCAAUAUGUUGA